AUGUGUGUCCUGGUGGAGAAAGACAUUUUGUACCUUGAUGAGCACCAAGGAGUGCAGCCUGGGCUGAAAGCAUUCACUUCUGGGGCUUGUAGGAAAUUGUUCUCAUUCAGUUCAUACCUACACCAGGAGCAGAAGCAGCACAAUGGUGAGAAAUGGGUCACGGAGGAAGAGAACAGGGCCCUGUGUGUGGAGAGUUGCAAAAUCCUUGUGUCAGACAAUAUUUUCACAUGUGGAGAGGUCGAGAAGGAUUUCUCGGGUAACCCGGUCUUUCCCCAGCAGAAAGCCACCCACAGUGGAAGGCAACCACCUCGAAGCAGGGAGAGCAAGGAGGCCUCUCACACUCGGCGAAGGCAUUACAAAUGCAGUGAAUGUGGGCAAGACUUCAAAAAAGUGGAUAAACUCGUGGAGCACCAGAGAGUUCACACUGGUGAGAGGCCUUAUGAGUGCAGUGAAUGUGAGAAAGCCUUCACCCGUAAACACAAUCUUAUUCAGCACCAGAGACUCCACAGUGGAGAAAAGCCUUAUGAGUGCAGUGAAUGUGAGAAAGCCUUCAGCCGCAAACACCAUCUUGUUGGGCACCAGAGAAUCCACACUGGGGAAAGGCCUUAUGAGUGCAGUCAAUGUGGGAAGGCCUUCAUCCAGAAAAGAAAACUUCUUGAACACCAGAGAAUCCACACUGGAGAGAAGCCUUAUGAGUGCAGUGAGUGUGGGAAGUCCUUCAUCCAGAAAGGAAACCUUCUUGAGCACCAGAGAAUCCACACUGGAGAAAGGCCUUAUGAGUGCAUUGAAUGUGGGAAAGGCUUCGCCCGCAAACAACAUUUUGUUGGACACCAGAAAGUUCACAUUGGAGAGAGGCCUUAUGAGUGCAGUCAAUGUGGGAAAGUCUUCACCCGCAAACACGGUCUUAUUCAGCACCGGAGAAUCCACACUGGGGAAAAGCCUUAUGAGUGUAACGAAUGUGGGAGAUUGUUUACAGACAGAUCUGACCUCAUUAAGCACCAGAAUGUUCACACUGGAGAAAGGCCUUAUGAGUGCAGUGAAUGUGGGAAAGCCUUCACCCCCAAACAAAAGCCUGUUGGGCACCAGAGAAUCCACACUGGGGAAAAGCGUUAUGAGUGUAACAAAUGGUGGGAGAUCGUUUACUCACAGCUGUGA